AUGAAGUAUGUGCUGGUGACCGGCGGCGUGGUGAGCGGCCUGGGCAAGGGCGUGACGGCCAGCAGCAUCGGCGUCCUCCUCAAGGCCUGCGGCCUCCGCGUCACCUCCAUCAAGAUCGAUCCCUACCUCAAUACCGAUGCCGGAACCAUGUCCCCCUUCGAGCACGGCGAGGUCUUCGUCCUCGACGACGGCGGCGAGGUGGACUUGGAUCUUGGAAAUUAUGAGCGGUUUCUGGACAUCAAGCUGACUCGCGACAACAACAUAACCACUGGAAAGAUCUACCAGGCUGUUAUUAACAAAGAACGAAAAGGGGACUACCUGGGAAAAACUGUUCAGGUUGUACCGCACAUUACCGAUGAAAUACAAGACUGGAUUGAACGCGUGGCUAUGAAUCCGGUUGAUGGCACAGAUAAGCCAGCUGAUGUUUGUGUCAUAGAACUUGGUGGCACUAUAGGGGACAUCGAAUCAAUGCCUUUUAUCGAAGCAUUGGGUCAAUUUUCGUACCGCGUAGGAGCUGGAAACUUUUGCCUGGUUCAUGUUAGUCUUGUACCAGUUCUAACCGUAGUUGGUGAACAGAAAACAAAGCCUACCCAGCAUAGUGUCCGUGGACUAAGAGGACUUGGGUUGAUGCCUGAUAUCUUGGCAUGCCGCAGUACUCAGCCACUGGAAGAAAAUGUGAAACUGAAACUCUCGCAGUUUUGCCAAGUUCCGGUUUCAAAUAUCGUUAAUCUCCAUGAUGUCACAAACAUCUGGCACAUCCCUUUGUUGCUCAGGGAUCAGAGAGCCCAUGAAGCUAUUCUGAAGGUUCUGGGCCUUUGGUGCGUGGGGAAAGUGCCUCAAGAACCUAAGUUGUCUGAAUGGACUGAAAGAGCCAGCAGAUUCGACAAACUGAAAUCUCCAGUCAGGAUUGCCAUGGUUGGAAAAUAUACCGGCAUAUCGGAUUCCUACCUGUCUAUUUUGAAGGCUCUUCUGCAUGCGUCGGUUGCUUUGGACAGGAAACUGGUAGUGGACUGGGUUCCUUCAUGUGAUCUUGAAGAUUCUGCUGCUAAAGAGACGCCUGAUGCCUAUGAGAAAGCAUGGGGUCUACUAAAGAGUUCUCAACCUCAGGGUGCAAACGGCGUACUAGUUCCGGGAGGCUUUGGAGACAGAGGUGUCCAGGGAAAAAUUCUUGCUGCAAAACAUGCGCGAGAAAACAACGUUCCGUAUCUCGGCAUUUGCUUGGGCAUGCAAAUUGCAGUGAUCGAAUAUGCACGUUCUGUCAUGAAGCUGCGUGAUGCUAAUAGCACGGAGUUUGAUCCAGCUGCAAAAACACCAUGUGUUAUCUUCAUGCCAGAGGGCUCCAAAACUCACAUGGGCGCGACGAUGCGCCUUGGUUCAAGGAGGACAUUUUUCCAGGUCAACAACUGCAAAUCUGCUAAACUGUAUGCCAAUGCUAACUAUGUAGACGAACGACACCGCCACAGAUACGAGGUGAAUCCUGACAUGGUCUCAGAAUUUGAGAAAGCAGGGCUUUCUUUCGUGGGCAGGGAUGAGAGCGGGAGACGCAUGGAGAUUAUUGAGCUACCAACCCAUAAGUUUUUCGUGGGCACGCAAUUUCAUCCUGAAUUUAACUCUAGGCCUGGAAAGCCAUCACCACUUUUCUUAGGAUUGAUCGCUGCAUCAUCUGGACAGCUAGAGCACCUGCUUCAGCGUACUUCCGGUGCUGUCAGCUCACCGACCAGGUGCAUCGCCGGUCCCGGAGCCCCUAAGACCAAGUUAAGGAUGAACGGCCUGGUGUCGACGUACUUCGCGAAUGGCAGCAGUAUUCACAUCUAG